AUGGCAGCCUUCGCAGAGCCGCACUUCAGCGCCUGGACCCAGUCGGUGGUCAGCAAUGUUACCGUCGUCGACAAGGUGCCGCCGGAGAUGCUCCACAUGGUGGAUGCCCACUGGUACCAGUUCCCGCCGAUGAACCCGCUGUGGCACUCGAUCCUGGGCUUUGCCAUCUUCAUCCUUGGUGUGAUUUCCAUCAUCGGCAACGGAUGCGUCAUCUACAUCUUCACCAAUACCAAGGGCCUCCGAACCCCCUCCAACUUGCUGGUGGUCAAUUUGGCCUUCUCCGAUUUCCUGAUGAUGUUUACAAUGGCUCCUCCGAUGGUGAUCAACUGCUGGUACGAGACCUGGGUCUUUGGCCCAUUCGCUUGCGAACUCUACGCCAUGUUUGGAUCGCUGUUCGGCUGUGCCUCGAUCUGGACCAUGACUAUGAUUGCCUUUGACCGUUACAACGUCAUCGUAAAGGGUCUGUCGGCGAAACCGAUGUCCAACAACGGAGCUCUGCUGCGCAUCCUUGCCAUCUGGGCGUUUGCUCUACUCUGGACCUUGGCUCCUCUGUUCGGAUGGAACCGAUAUGUGCCGGAGGGUAACAUGACCGCUUGCGGAACUGACUAUCUGUCGCAGGAUUUCACCAGCCGAUCAUACAUUCUGAUCUACUCUGGCUUCGUGUACUACCUGCCUCUGUUCAGCAUCAUCUACUCGUACAUCUUCAUCAUCCAGGCUGUGUCCGCCCACGAGAAGAACAUGCGCGAGCAGGCCAAGAAGAUGAACGUCGCCUCGCUGCGUUCGCAGGAAGCCCAGAACACCAGCACGGAGAUGAAGCUGGCCAAGGUCGCCCUGGUCACCAUCUCGCUGUGGUUCAUGGCUUGGACUCCGUAUCUGGUCAUCAACUACACCGGAAUCUUCAAGGCCGCUCCGAUCAGCCCGCUGGCCACUAUCUGGGGCUCGCUGUUCGCCAAGGCCAACGCCGUCUACAACCCAAUUGUGUACGGCAUCAGCCACCCGAAGUACCGUGCUGCUCUGUACCAGAAGUUCCCGUCGCUAUCCUGCCAGGAUACCAGCGACGAUGGACAGUCUGUUGCAUCGGCUACCACCGGUGUUACGGAGGAGAAAGUACCAGCCUAAACAGGUUGUUUUGGUGCAAUAGCGGCUGGUUAAAGCUGGCAUGCGAGAUUUCAAACCACACGGACCUCAUCUUACGCUAACGUUGAACGGUUGCAAAUGCAAAAUUUGUAUUUUAUUUUUGAAUGCAAAUUUUAUUUAGUAAAUAAAAGCUCUAGAAUUCAACAUGA